AAUCGCAAUCGAAAAAGUUCGAUUUUUUUUCGUACCGUGAUUGAAAGUGCUAUAGUUUUGCCACGCAGGAAAAAUUGAUAAAUCGAGUUGAAAACGAGAUUUUUGAAACUAAAAUUUGAAAAUUCGUCCGUUGAUUGUUUGCUUGAUAGCUUGAUUGAUUGAAGCAUAAAACUCAAACCCUAACAGUCAAGCGGAGAUUCGUUCUAAGCUCAGUGUCAGUGUGCUCUUAUUGUGUCACAGUGUUACGGUUGUCAACCCCGGGGCUGGUGUUUUCGGUCGCAUUCUGCGUCCGAAGAAGUGUUCGCAAGUGUUAAACCAGUCAAUUCAGGUUCAGAACCCGACUGCUUUCCGGUUCUGAUCCACAAACUCGCUAUCAAUAGUGAAACGAUUACUUGUUGUUAACUAACGAAGAAGUGUGAUUAAAGUGGCUGCCGGUGAAGGUGUUAUGGUCUUCUAGCCUAGGUUGGUAUUUGGGAAUCACAGGCAACCAGAGCGCUAGGGGACAGAUAAGGUGUGGGCCACUUUGAAGCCGGACCAUGGACGACAGCAAUUCGGUCGACGUAAACGUCGACGCCGGCGAUAACAAGGCGAAGACGAAGAUCGAAAUCGACAUCGAGAGUCAUGUCCUCGGGACUACCGUUAGAUUAUCGGACGGUACGGACGGUCGCGUCUUCAGUCGCAAUGGGCGCAACAAGGAGAAUCAGCUCAUCUACUCGUGCCAUCUCUGCGGAGUGGCCGUGUUGCCAGGUGAACGGGUCCUGCAGACCCAUAUCGCCGGACGGAAGCAUCAAAGCCGGUUGAAUAUGCCCGUCAUCGAUGCGGACCAAUUCCGCAGUUCAUCUACACCGAAAACCACAAAAAUCCAAAUGCACAUUGCACCCGGAGAACCGGUGCCACCCGGAAUGGAGAACGAGGUGAAGCCCGUUGCUGAGCUGCAAGCCACCAUCGAUAAGUUCAAGCAAGGACCCAUGGUUGGCUUGGAGUACAUCAUGGAGCUAACAACACCCGGUAAAAAAGAGCCCAGCUAUCAUUGCGUGCUCUGUGACAAGAAAGGUGACCCUAGAACGGUCGUAGUUCAUAUUACGAGUCACAUUCAUCGGAUGAAAUUCUUGGAGAAACAUUACCCGACGGUCGUGAACGAGCUGGCUCCGUACCGCAGCCAACGGGGCAACAGCAAGGAGAUCAUCAACCGAGUCGUCCAAACCGUUUGCGAAGCGAUCGAAGACCACCACGGACGGCUAACGCCGACCGUACACGAGUGCGGUGAUUAUGCGCGCAACAAGAUGAAAUACCUGCAGGAGGUCAUCUUUGAGAAGCACUUCGACGAGCGCACCGGGCCCAAAUUCGUCGAGGUAAUCGACAAGAAAAUGCUUCAGGAUCAGCUGGCAUCGGCCGGUGUUACGGUAUCGGGGGCCGCAGAAGCGAAGCGCGAUCCGUCGCCACCGGUGGUUCAGGCGCCUCAGAAAAAAGUACGACCCGCUCGUGCCGAUCGGAAGAGUUUGGAUUCGAUUUCCAGUAGCGAUUCGGUGCAGAGCAUUUCCUCAGAAGAAUCUCCGAGGCCUGCCGUACAGCCCGCUUCAACCACCACCGGCCGGUAUGGAGACUCAGCUCUGCCGCAUCGAGCCCGUCCUCCGGUUCAGCCAAUGGCUGCGCGGGAAUUCAAUCGCGCUCGAAGAAGUCCGCUACCAUUUCGUCGCGCUUCCCCACCGUUCCGCCGCAGUCCGGUUCGAGGCCGCUACGAUCGCCGUAGUCGCAGCCCACCGCCCCGACGUCGAUCCCGCAGUCCUCCGCCACGGCGUCGUUCGCGUAGCCCAGUUAGGCACCGCAGCCCGGUGCGGUCCACCCGUUCACCGCUGCGGCUCAACAAUGAUCGCCGUUCGGAAUCGCCGGAAUCGAAGAUCCGUAAAAAAUUCCCCACGCCGAAGCAGCUUUCGCUGCAAGCUUCGGAAAUCGCCCACGAGCGGUACAAGUGGGAAAAGUAUCGCUGUUCGCUGGAGAUUGCCAUUACGUUGAUCGACAAAUCUUUUAAGGAACAUGAGAAAAAUCCCGAAAAACACCCGCUCUAUCCGGAGGAAUGGAAAAUGUUCUGGAAUCGACGGUACAAGGAGCUGCAGACGGAAAAGAAAGAUCCGUCGAAGCAUGAUUUCAAACCGGAAUGGAUCAUAUUUUGGACCAAACGAAUGAAGGAGCUGCGGGAUGAGGAGAUUGAACUGAAAAAAGCCGAAAUUAGAAAGAAGCUCGAUCUGCCGGAUGAGGCAGCUGAGAAAACUGCCGAACUGAAGGAUAAGUACGCGUUGAAGGUCAACAAGAAAAAACGUCCCCUGGCGGUUGAACCCAUUGAAUCGAGCGAUGACGAUAGAGGCAGCGUGAAAUCGAGGGAAUCGUUGAAAGCACGAAGUGGUCAGACGAAAAAAUCAUCUAAGAGUCCAUUAAGUGACGACGACUUCGAAGAACGAUCUCGUCACAGCAGUAGCAGAGCCUACAGUCGAGAGCGAGAACGGGACCGUGACCGUGAGCGAGAACGUGAACGUGAACGAGAUCGCGAACGAGAACGAGAUCGCGAACGAGAACGUGAACGCGAGCGCGAUCGACAGCGUGAUUGGGAAAAGGAACGAAGCCAUCAUCGAUCGUUACCGAUGCACAUUGAAACCGAUCAGGAUUACGAUGAAUGGGCCAAGAAUUACUAUGGUCCAAACAAAAAAAUGUUUGUUCGGAAAGAGUUCGAUCACGACAACAGUGGGCCGCUCAAUUUUGUCGCUGUUUGCCGUCUGUUGACCGCUUUGGAGGAAUAUCUUGGGCCUAGUUUGGGGCCAAAAAUUUUGGAUUUGCUUGCCAAGGCGCUCGCAUUGGAAAAGGUUAAGGCCAAUUCUGCGGAUGAGCUUUUGCUGAACGAAGAUAAUUGCAUGUUUCUGGAGACGGUGAAGGAGAAACUGAAGGGUCAUUUAAUGGGAGAUUUGGUGGAGAGAACGAAAGUCACAGCGGUGAAAAAAGCCAUCAAAAACAUUGCUAGUUUGAUUCAUGAAGCUUCUAAAAAGGAGAGGCCGGCACCGAUUCCGGAACGGUCAGUCUCUCCGCCUGUGUCGUCAGCUGCCCCAGUAACCACGGCUGGCGGUGUAGAUAAGGCUGCUAUUGCUCAAAAACUGGCUGCCGCUUUAGUUGCCCAGGGAAAAACUGACUUCACUGGUGAGGAACUGGAACAACUCAUCAAUGUGUACGUCGCAAUGGCGGAGGCUUCAAAGGAAAAAGAAAAACCAGUCACAACCAGCAGCUUUUUAACGGAAAUUGGGCCGACUAAAUCUGCUGCUGAGAGAAAACCGGAAAGCACUUCUCAGCGGGAAGAGUCCACGUACUUGUCGAAAGACACGACCGAGAGCUCCGAAGGAAACGCACUCGAAGGUCUGACCGAUUCCGAUCUACAAACAUUGCUGCAAAACUUCAAAGAUCUUUCCAAUGAAGAACAAUUACAUUUGAUUUCGCACCUUAAAAAGCUCGAACGUACUGAUCCGGUGAGGGUCGAAAAACUGCGAAGAUAUGUCAACCUGGAUGAUAAGCCCUCGACAAGCAGCCGCCAACUGCGGGAUCAAUAUUUGGACGACGACGACGACCGCCAGUUCGACGACGACGAACCAAACUACGACGAUGGACAAAAUUUCGACGAUGACGUGUUAGGUUUUAGCGAUUCCAAAUCGCUCAAGGCAGGAUCUCAAACUAAACCGAGCAGUUCUGGUGGUUUCGGAGAAAGCAGUUCCGAUCCGUACAGCCAGAAGAAGUUCAUCGAUUCGGACGAAGAGGAUGAUUACUCCUACGAUGAUGUGGUCCGAGCUGCUUCGAAGAAUGUGAAUGUUUCAGCACCUAAAACCAGUUCUAGCAAUCUUGAUGCACCGACUCGUCGGACCGAUCUGGCUGUGGAACAUUUCGACGCAUCAUCAAACUUCUCUCGAACCAGCAACGAACGCAGUUCUCAGCUAGAUACUCAACACAUUAUCGCUAACCUGAUGGGAUCUCUGCCCAAGCCUGGUUCGGUUCAGAGUUCCUCCAAUUACUCGAAUCCGAUUUCCACAAUCGGCCAAAGUAUGGAUUCGCGACAGAAUCUCAACUUCUACGACAACAAUUCACAGCACUCCAACUCCAGCUUCGGUAAUUCGUUCUCCAAUCCCGCUCAAGUGGCACCGAACGGAAGCAACUCAUUUUCCGCACAAAACAAAAACCAAUACGGAUCGAUGGCGCAAACGGCGAAUGCAAAUCCCGCAAACAACAUGCUCUACUAUUACCAGCAGCAAAUGCGAGCGCAAGAAAUGCAGCGAAUGCACCCUCACCAGCAGCAGCAGCAGCAACAACAGCAACAGGCAAUGCAUGCCCAGCAGCAGGCACAGAUGGGUUUUAGCGGUCAGUUUGGUGGUCAGUCCCAGCAGCAAGGUGGCUAUAUGUGGCCACAGAAUACCGGUUCGAACCAAGGGGGACCGGGCGGGUCCUAUCAUUACGAUAAUAGUAGUUAUUACUAAAAGUAGAAGUGUAAGUUUUUAAAUUGAACAAGAAAAACUUACCGGUUACAAUUUUUAAGUGAACAAGAGCACGCGUCUUGCAAAAAAGAAGAUUCCACAACACAAAACUAUAUCUGUAUGAAUAUA